AUGUAUUGUUUUGUAGGAUCUUGGGUUGUAACGUGUGGUACAGAAUCCGGAGUAGUACAAUUUAUUAAAGACGCUGUAAAUGACCAUGUCACUUUGACAACCUAUAAUAUUCCAAUAGUUGGAAUUAUGACAAAGAGAGUAUUAGACGAUAUAAAAGACACCACAAAAUCUGUAAAGAUUUUGACAGAAUAUGAAAAAGAGCCCAUUACUACGACUACAAUUCCUGUCAAGUCAACAAAGGAAACAUUGGAUCCAAAUCAUACUCAGUUUAUUUUCCUAGAAGAUUCGAGCAGAAAACAUAUCGGACGUAAUGCGUCAUCCCAAUGUAGAAAUGCUUUCGAAAGUUUCUUACGGAAUAUCAAAGAUGCAGAUAUCAAGACUGACAAAAUCAAUGAAGGGAUUAAAACUACAAAUAAUCACAAAAGAAGAAAAGACUCCAAGCCUGAUACAAACUUAAUAUUGCCCGUUGUCUUGGUAGUAAUUGAAGGAGAUAUUGGUGCAAUGAAAACAGCUUGGAGUGUACUGAAAAAUGACAACCCUGUAGUGCUAAUAAAAGGGUCAGGUGGAGCAGCAGAUUUCCUGUCAACUUGCUAUCAACACAAUUCUAAAAACGGCAACUGUGGCUUAGAGAAUCUUUCAGACUCAGUUGAAAACAUACAAGAAUUGAUAAAAAAAUGCUUUGAAGAUGACUCCAAAAUGGCAGAGGCAAUAGAGAUGGCUACGUUAUGUCUGAAGAAACCGAAAUUGAUUAAUAUAUAUUCGCUGGAGGACAAAACUGCAAAAGUAGACGAGUUUAUUCAGAAUGCUUUGUUCGACACAUACAAAGGCUUCUAUGAAAGAAACAUCAGAAAUCAAACAGAACCGACAAACAAAAGAGAUCUCAAAACUGAAGCAGUUAAAACACAACUGAAACUUGUGGAAAAGUGGAAAAGAUGUGACAUCGCUGAAAACGAUAUCUUUGUAGCCGAAAACCGAAAGCAACUUAUUGAUUUACAGUCACUUAAUACACAAAGGAUGAGAAAAUUAGAAGGAUCAAUCCAAUUAAUAAUUCGAAAAGUGAAUCAGAAGUAUACUUCUUGUUUCUUUGAUGGAAAUCUAUCACGGCAAUUCAAAGGCAAUUUUUUAAAGUUCAAUGAAAAAAACAAGGCAAAAUACUUCACAGAUGUAUCAGAAUCUUUUACAACUUUGAUUUAUAGUUUAAAUAAUACAGAUUUUUGUGAGCACUAUUGGGAGUUAAAGACAAUAAUAGCAGAAAUCGUAAAUGAAUACCAAAAAGACGGUGUCUCACACCUUUUCCAGUCAUCGCUUGUGGACAACAGAACGGACUUUGUAAUGUUGGUAAUGGAAAGAAUAGAAAGUAUGAAAAUGUUUGUACUCGGUUAUAUACCAGAUUUAUACAGGAGGUGCAUUUAUGAAAGCAAAGAUGACUUAGCAAUAGAGCUUAUUGAUCAGGUAAAGGUGCAUUUAUGA